AUGAACGGAUCCUGCCAUUCUGAUAUCAGGACCGGACCAUUGACGCUAGACAAUGUCGUCAGAACCACCUAUUAUCAAGCAGAUUGUCGCAUAGCGAAGCGACCUCGUCUGGUGGUACCAGAAGAUUGCAACGCCGCAUCCUAUGUUGAAUAUACGAUAGAUUCACGAGAUCAAGGCUCUUGCAGCCACCCAAACAGCCCAUCAUAUUCUUGGUUCGAAGCAUUGGUUCAACGCCGUCACGAUCGCAACAAUCUGCGAACCAUUCGAGUCUGCGACAAUCGAGUUGGGAAUCCCGAGUUCCACAAACAGACUCCCGAAAGAUGGACAACCCAUCAUCCCUGGGGCGUAAAUUGGAAACCAUGGUUAAGUGCGCUGCAGCCCGGAGAUGUCAUCCAACUGGUGCCCAGAGCGAUGUACCCAGCGUGGCUGAAUGUCGUGCGCGAGGCACAGAUCGAGCUCGGAUAUGAGGUCAGGGUUGAUCAGCCACGGUUCCAACACUAUCAGAUCUCUCCUGGUCGAGAGAACCCUCUGUACUCCAUGCCACUUGAUCCAAGGUUACGUCAAAUACGUCUACUUGCUGUCCAGCCCGGCGUUUUCGACGAUCCUAUCAAUUGCGAAAUGCUUUGCGUUCAGCUUGAUGGCAUGAUGGACGCUCCAGUGGAGUUUGAAGCUGUGUCUUACGUCUGUGGGCCACCCGAAGACGGCGUGGAGAUUGGUAUCCAGAUCCCGGCAACGGAACCGAACUGCGACGAGGGCAAGCUCAGCAUUACUCGGUCGGCAGAGGCCGCAAUUCGCCAUUUGCGCCAUUUCUCGGACGUUGUGAAACUCUGGGUGGACGUUGUAUGUAUCAAUCAGGACGACCUGGACGAGAGGGCUCAGAAAGUGAGGAUCAUGGCAACUAUAUUCUCGCGAGCCCGGAUUGUCCACAUAUGGCUUGGUUGGGGACACCAAGGCAUCGAAGCUGCUUUGAGGAUCAUCCGCGACGCCUACAAUUCACCUACCACGUUUGUGAAGCUCUCACACGACCCUGAGCGAAAUCAGAGAUCGCGAUGGCCUGAUAGGAGGCGACGCGUCUCAAUAUCGAACUCUACAUGCAGUCUUCGGCUCCAUUGGAAACGCUUCGGUCACCACGAGAGGGAGUAUUCCGGAGGUAUCGUCACCCCUCACGUCUCCAAGCUGAUGUCGCACCUCUUCGACAACGCAUGGUUCCGACGCGUCUGGGUAAUCCAGGAGGUCCUCAAAUCUCGAGGCGCUCUUGUACACUGCGGAACAGAGGUCAUCACAUGGAAGGAGCUUACGACCGUAAACUCCUGGCUUGCCAGCGAAGACUCCAUGAGGAGAGAACCACAGAACCAUGCAUCGCAGGUGACCAUGCCCCGAAUCUGGUCCAGGCUCUCAGACGCAAAGAUUGACGAAGGACUAGCUGACCAACGGCGGCCCUCAUUCACACAGCCACAAGCACCCAACAUUUUGGACGUCUUCGUUUCUUCGUUGGACUUGAAAGCAACGGAUCCUAGAGACAAGAUAUUCGCAAUCUCCUCUCUAGGGAGAGAUACCUGUAUCGAGGACAAAUUGUCCGAGUGGAUUCGGCCCAAUUACGAAAAGUCAGAAUCGCAAGUUUUCGCCGACUUUACGAGAUGGUGGAUUUUCGAGCACAAGUCUCUGUCGAUACUGUCUCUCAUACACAGCCAUCGAUCGCGAGCCUGGCAAAGGAUGCUUUGUGAUUUGGACAGACCCUCUCUACCUAAGCCGAGUUGGGCCGUGCCAUUCGAAGGGCGCGAAAAAUGGUAUAAAGCGACACUCGAGGCUCAAUUUGGUUUUCGGGCAACAGGAAAUACUGUUCCGGACAAGAAACUUCUCCGCCCAGGCUUCGAUGGGACUGAUGCCGGUUCACUGGUCAUCAACCUCGUUGGGUACAAGGUGGAUGACAUCCAGGACAUAAAACACCUAUCCUUGCAAAACCAAAACACUCUAUCAGAUUCGUCCUCACAGGAGCUGCUGGAAGCCUUCCACAAGAUCUUCGACCCAAGCAAUAUUGAAGGACAUUGGAAAACCAGCACCGCCAGCGAUUGUCGCGCCGAUUUCAGAGCACAGCAAGCCCAAACAAAGCUGGGGGAUCAUGUAUGGUCUCACCGGGCAGAACCCCCUGCGCUUGAUCCGUUUGUUAGUAAAGCAAAGGGUGGUGCUUACGAAAGCGUCAAGACAAGGUCAGUCCCCUCUUGCACGGAUCCGUGUCUGUUCACGACUUCAAAUGGGAUGCUUGGUCUGUGCCCCUGGACUGCAAAGAAAGGUGAUACCAUUGCCCUGCUUCUAGGAGGUAAUGUCCCAUACCUCCUGCGGAGGCAGUCAAAUACGACGCAAUUCAGUUUCAUUGGAGAAUGCUUCGUGCUGGGCAUCAUGGAGGGCGAGUUGCUGCGGGAGAAGAUGAUGAAGGCUGUUCAGCCGGAGGCCUUCGCCCUGUCCUGA